AUGGCUUUCCAUAAAAAUUUGAUAACGCUCUCUAUUUUGGCGGUGGUCACACCUGCCGUUUUUGCAGAUGAUACAACAACACAACAACUUGAAACGUUGACCAGCCAAGCACAUCCACUCGUUCAGACCGCUGCUGAUUUUGCAGUAGCUGAUCAGGUUAUCGAGCAAAAAAGCUUAAAAGAACGUGCACCGACCAUUGGGGAUGCUUUGGCCGAUGAGUUGGGGGUAUAUUCAAAUCAAUAUGGUUCAGGUUCAAGUCGACCCGUGAUUCGAGGUCAAGAUGGCCCUCGCGUGAAAGUCUUACAACAUGCUUCAGAAACUGCUGAUGUCUCGACUUUAUCGCCAGACCAUGCCGUGACGGUCGAUCCGAUUUUGGCCAAGCAAAUUGAAAUCAUCCGUGGCCCUUCAACCCUGUUAUACAGUGCAGGCACCGUGGGUGGUUUGGUCAAUGUCACCGAUCAAAAAAUUCCAACCAGCAUGCCUGGAAAAGGUUUAGAAGGUACGGCUGGAUUACGCUACAACUCUGGCAGUGAUGAAAAGUUGGCCAGUGCUGGGGCAACGGUUGCUUUGGGGAGUCAGUUUGCUCUACGGAUUGAGGGUUCAAAGCGUGAAGCAAAUGAUUAUAUUGCGCCGAACUAUUUCCAUGAGCAUGAGGGUGAACUAGAAAAAGAACGUCGUGUUGGAAAUACCUUUGCCAAAGGCGAAACUGUCAGCGUUGGUGGUUCAUGGAUUGGUGAGCGUGGUUUUGCGGGUAUUGCCUAUACCAACCGUCAAGAUCAAUACGGUUUACCUGGGCAUAGCCAUGAAUAUGAAAGCUGUCAUCCGCAUGAUGAUCAUUUGCACUGUGAUGGAAGCGAUAAUCAUGGACAUACGGAUGAACACGAUCACUCAGGACACGACCAUGCACAUGACGAACAUGAGGCAGGGCCUUGGGUUGAUUUAAAGUCGGAGCGUUAUGACUUCCGUACAGAAAUUUUAAAUCCGAUUGCAGGAUUUGAGAAGUUACGUGCCCAUGCCAGUUAUACCGAUUACCAACAUGAUGAAAUUGAAGGCGAUAGUGUUGCAACUACCUUUAAAAGUAAAGGUUAUGAUGCGCGUCUAGAAAUGGUGCAUCAGCCGAUUGCGGAUUGGGAAGGUGUGGUUGGCGUACAGUACAAUCAACAAAAAUUAGAUAUCACGGGUGAAGAGUCUAUUUUAGAACCGACCAAGACGCAAAAGUGGAGCGUAUUUGGUUUAGAACACAAGCAGUGGAAUGACUUCCAUUUUGAGUUAGGGGCGCGUGUCGAUCAGCAGACGAUUGAUAUUGAGUCAGAUCGAAAAGACUAUGAUGAUUAUGCCGUGUCUUAUUCGGGUGCUGUGAAUUGGAUGUUUGCACCGAACUAUAAACUGUCUUUGGUCGGGUCACAUCAAGAGCGUUUACCUUUGGCACAAGAGCUUUAUGCUGAUGGUAAGCAUCUUGCAACCAAUACCUAUGAGCGUGGCAAUGAAAAUCUCGAUGUCGAAAAGUCCAAUAACCUAGAGUUAGGUUUCCAUUACGAUACGGAUAAAAUUGAUUAUCACGUUCAUGUUUACCACAACUGGUAUGACAACUACAUUUAUGCUCAAACCGCAGACCGUUACGAAAACUUCCGUCUAGUGGACUACACCCAAGACAAAGCGCGUUUUUAUGGGACUGAAGCAGAAGCCUCUUAUGCCAUCAAUGAUGUGUAUAAAAUGAGUGUCUUUGGUGACUAUGUCCGUGGCAAAAUUGACAAUGAAAAUGCGCCACGGGUGCCUGCUGGCCGUUUAGGAACAAAAGUGAAUGCUAACUUUAGUGACACGUGGUCAGGAACGGCAGAGUACUACCAUGUGUUUGAGCAAGAUCGAAUUGCAAGCUAUGAGACUGAAACCGAGGGCUAUAACAUGGUGAAUCUGGGCUUGGCGUAUAAUGGUCAGUAUAUGCAGGGCAAUGAUUAUCGCGUGUAUUUCAAAGCCAAUAACCUCUUAGAUGAGACGGUUUAUUCGCAUACCUCUUUCUUAUCGACCAUUCCACAAGUGGGGCGUAACUUCACAGUUGGACUGGACUUUAGUUUUUAA